GGGAGCGUUGCUUUCCGGUGGAGGAGAGCCCGCUUAUUGGUGAGUCCGCGCCGGCUGAUUCGGCAGGGCCUGCGGUUGGCCCGGCCUCCUCUUCGCUCUCCCGCGCGGUCCCGGUUGGCGGCGGUGUGGAGCAGGGUCUAGGCCCACACCCAGGAGAUAGGACAUACAGCGACCAGCGUGCAGUAUACAUCUUGUCAUCCAGCCACCACCUGACCCGGUCCCUUUCUCAUAUCGCCAUCAGCCUCCGAAGGCAGAGCACAGCGUGUGUGGAGCGAGAAGACCUUAUUUGUCUAGGAAACCUGCAGGGAUGCUUUCAAGACUGAACUUUUUUACCAUGUUGGAUUAGGAAUAAUAGGUGAGUGAAUCACAGGCGGUGGAAUAUGGCUGGACAAAUAUCGGAAUCGGAGCAGAUCAAGCAGUUCAAGGAAUUUCUUGGAACAUACAAUAAACUUACAGAAAACUGCUUUCUGGAUUGCAUAAAGGAUUUCACUAGUAGAGAGGUUAAACCAGAAGAGAUGACUUGCUCAGACCACUGCUUACAGAAGUAUUUAAAAAUGACACAAAGGAUCUCCAUGAGAUUUCAGGAGUACCAUAUUCAGCAGAAUGAAGCUCUGGCAGCCAAAGCAGGACUACUUGGCCAACCUCGUUAGACAAGAGCCCUCUGUUCAGAGUUUACAAGCAGUGCCACUGGGCAAGAAUGCAUUUUGGAUUUUCUACUGUCGGGAUGUAUCCCCAGCAACUCAGAAAAGAGUUCUAGAUGCUUUUCAGACAGUGGAAACCAUGAAGGUUAAACAAGAAGUUAGUCAUGGUGGACUGGCAAUGGAGUGUGUUUCUGAGGUCCUUUUCACCCCACAAUGUACAGUUUGUACCCUGGUACAAACUUUUCCAGGGCCCACAGACGGGUGUUUAAAUUUCAGGGGUGGCGGGAGGGCUAUACGUCCUUUCUGCUAGGACUGGUUCAGAUGAAAAAAAGUGUAAUGUGGGAAAUACACUUCUAUUUUAUUUUUUUUUAAAUCAAGUAAAAUAAAUGGAAACUCUACA